AUGAGUACCGCGACCGAAUCCCGCACGGAACUGCCUGCGCCCGACCAGGCCAGUCCCGCCCCGAGCGCAACGGGUUCAACAGGGACCUCCGGAAUCACAGUGCGCAACGGUCCAGGAGGCCAACCACUGAGCUUCAGAAGACAACGUGCAUCCCGCGCGUGCGAGACAUGCCAUUCACGCAAGGUCCGCUGUGACGCUGCCAGUCUCGGAGUCCCCUGCACAAACUGUGUCGCCUUUUCCAUCGAGUGCAAGAUUCCAACCCCAAAACGAAAGAAGAACUCGACCAAGGCGAAAGAUGAGAGCCGAUAUGGCGACAGUCCUCCACCCUACAAUACGGCCCCCUCACUGCCCGACGCGACGGCGACGCAAUAUCGACCCGAGAACUCGGAAGAUCCCACCAACCCGGACACCGAUCGAAAGCUCGGCGAUUCCAGCUCAGAAGACAGGGACGAUGGGUCGUUUGGAUGGCGCAAAGAACGGAUGGCAACUUCGGGCAUGCCCAUCACUAGCCUCACCGAAUCAGAAGCCGCUCAGCGAGCGUCCACAGAUAAUACCUACGCCCAGUUCAUGAAACCCAAAUUCGCUCGCGCCCCGAUCAAGGAAGCCGGCCGUGUGGCCUACUUGGGAGAGUCGUCGAAUCUCUCCCUUUUGGUCCAGGACCGCCACGGCACCACCGAUGUCGUUCACUAUCCUCUGCCGCCCAACAUUCGCGGGUCGCGUGCGCGCCUUACCGACUUGGACAACCUCGAGAUCGAUAUCCUGCAUCAACGGGGUGCCUUCCUCCUCCCACCCAAACCGCUUUGUGACGAGUUGGUCGACGCAUACUUCAAGUGGGUCGCUCCCAUCGUGCCCAUCAUCAAUCGCAGCCGUUUCUUGCGCCAAUACCGUGACCCCAAAAACCCCCCGUCGCUGCUCUUGCUCCAGGCCAUCCUCCUGGCCGGCUCUCGAGUCUGCACCAAUCCGCAAUUGAUGGACGCCAAUGGGUCGACAACCCCUGCUGCCAUGACAUUCUACAAGCGAGCCAAAGCUCUGUACGAUGCCAACUACGAGGAUGACCGGGUCACCAUUGUGCAGGCGCUGGUGCUGUUGGGUUGGUACUGGGAGGGCCCCGAAGAUGUAACUAAGAAUGUCUUCUACUGGACGCGAGUGGCGAUGGUGGUGGCUCAGGGCUCGGGCAUGCAUCGCAGUGUCGAGACCUCGCAGUUGAACAAACCCGACAAGCGUCUGUGGAAGCGGAUCUGGUGGACGCUCUUCACACGGGACCGCUCAGUAGCCGUGGCUCUCGGACGUCCCAUUGGUAUCAAUACUGAUGAUUCCGACGUGGAGAUGUUGACCGAAGACGACUUCAUCGAGGAUGAACUGGACGCCCCCGCAGACUACGGUCCCGAUCCGGUGCACGUGCAGUUCUUUCUACAGUACGUCAAACUGUGCGAGAUCAUGGGUCUCGUACUGUCGCAGCAAUACUCGGUUGCAUCCAAGUCACGGCGAAUGAACGCAAUGGAUCUUACACACUCCGAUAUGGCGCUGGCCGACUGGCUGCAGAACUGUCCCAAGGAGGUUUGCUGGCAACGGUCUCGUCAUCAUUUCUGGGCAGCCCUGCUUCAUUCCAACUACUACACGACGUUGUGUCUGCUGCAUCGAGCUCACAUGCCCCCUGCCUCUUCGGCACCCAACAGCUACCGUGUCGAAGAGAUGGCCUAUCCCUCACGCACCAUUGCUUUCCAGGCAGCCGGUAUGAUGACUUCCAUCAUCGAGGCCCUUCAAGCGCACAACGAGAUUCGCUACACCCCAGCUUUCAUUGUCUACAGCUUGUUCUCUGCCCUGAUCAUGCACGUCUAUCAGAUGCGAUCCUCAGUCCCAUCCAUUGUGGCUACCUGCCAGGAGCGUAUCAAUGUAUGCAUGUCGGCUCUAAAAGAGGUCUCCAAGGUCUGGCUUGUGGCAAAGAUGGUCAACACCCUUUUCGAAUCCAUCUUGGGCAACAAGGUACUCGAGGAAAGAUUGCAAAAAGCCGCUGGAAAGCGACACCAACGCCGACCCCAUGAGGCCGCUCCUCCCCCAGCCAAGGCCCCCAAGCCAAUGCCUCCUAAGAGGAAGUUCGACGACAUGGAUCUGGGUCUCCCCAAUGGCGGUCCGACACCUCCAGUCUCGUACGAACGCUCACGUCCGCAGACGCCCGCUGUGACGCCGUCGCGUGAGAUCAACCAGCCGCCGCUGAGUCAGAUGUCACCUGGAAAUCACCGAGGGCCUCUAGAUCCCAUCAUGGGCCCAUCUCAAUCGCGGACCAACACUCGCCCAACCACCCCUUUCAAUGCGCAAUUCUCUCUACCUGCUACCCCUCCCGACUUCUUCCUCGUCACUCGCACCUCGCCUAAUCUCUCGCCUUCGCUCUGGGAGAAUUUCCAACCCGACCAGUUGUUCCCUGACGGCACCGCCAUCUUCCCGGAGCUGACCUCCCCACCACCGCCUGCAUCCGUCGACCCUCACAUGCACGUGCCGUCGCAGAUGCCUCAGAACUCGAACAUCAAUCAGCGUUCUAUGAUGGGCAAUGUGCCUCACGCUGUACCCAAUCGCAACAUGUCCGUCCCUCAGGGUAGUCCUCAGAUGAUGUCCGGCUUGCCGGGGUCCAUGGGGACGGGACCCGGAGGGCCACAGCAGAUGUUCAGCAUGGAUGGUCAGCCAUGGCCCAUGCAAAACAUGGACGGGACCUUGAAUGCCGGGACGAUGGAUGCUACCAGUCAGGACGACAACUGGAGCACGAGCUCGCGUAGUGGACCGACUGCGCCAACGACGCUGAAUGUAGAAGACUGGUUCCAAUUUUUCGGUAUUAACGGCGGGUUUGGCGAUCUCGCGGCUUAA